UUUUCACCACCACCACCACCACCGACGACGACGACGACGACGACUACAACAUCCAAUCAAGUAAUGAUGACAUUUGAUGCGAUUAAUGGCAAUUAUAUUGAAACGAAAAAAAUGAUGCCAAAAACUUCAAGUUGGUAUGAUAUGUCAUCAUCGUCAUCAUCAUCUAUCAAACCAAUGGCAAUGGUGAUGACCAAUGAUCAUCAACCAAUGGUUAACUCUUACGAUAACCCUGACAAUCCAUCAACACCAGUAUUUUCACAAACCCCGUCAUCAUCAACAUUGUUGUUGUCGUCGUCAUCGUCGUCGAUUACAAAUGAUCAUAAUCAACAAAAAAAUGGACAUCAAUCAAAACCGAUACUUAAUGUUCAUGGUAUAUUGAAAAGGAAAUUAUUGAAAUUAAAGUCAUCAACAACACCAUCAUUAUCAUCGCCGUUGCCAUCGUUUUCAUCGCCAUCAACAUUAUCUUCAUGUUCAUCAUUAUCACCAUCAACAUCAUCAUCAUUAGAAUCACCAUAUAAACAAUUUAAACGUAAUUGUAAAAAUGAAGGAAUCAAUCCACAAUGUGUUAUUUGUGGUGAUUUUGCAUCUGGCCGACAUUAUGGUGUAUUCGCAUGUGAAGGUUGUAAAGGAUUUUUUCGUCGUACCAUUUUGGCUACUUUGGCAUUGAAAGCAAAUCAACAAAAAUUAUUGGAUAGUGGUGCCGAUAUGGAAAUCUAUAAAGGUUAUCUUGAUAUUUAUAAAUGUAACAAUUCAUUCGUUCAUCAUCAUCAUCAGGAUAAUGGUGAUGGCACAAUAUCAACAUUGUCAGAACAACAGCAACCAAAACGUUGUCCAAUUCUAGUCGAACAGAAUCGUCGUCGUUGUUGUAAAUCCUGUCGUUUUAAAAAAUGUAUCGAUGCUGGAAUGAAAUAUGAACCAUCAGCAUUGGAACCAAAAUUGAAACGUUUGGAUCCAUUGGAUAUAAUUUUUCAUCCAGAAACUUUAAAUUUUCAACGACAAUUAUAUCAUUCAUAUGCAAUGUUUAUCGAUACAUUAAUGGCACAAUUUCGAAUGUUUCUAAGACUGGUCAAUAAUGUACAGGAAUAUCCUUAUUAUUAUUAUCAUCAUCCACAUGAUAAACAGCCAUGUAAUCCAAGCAUAGCGAUUAGUAUGCGUCAACGUUCUGCAGUGACCAUUAUGGAAUAUCUAGCCAUGUUGACUGAUGAAAUGUUAACGAAAUUCAUAUCACAUAUGGAUGAUUUUCGUCAGAUUCAUAUCAAUGAUCAGGCCGAUCUUAUUCAUCGUGCUAAACAUUGGCUUCUUUGUAUGAUAUUGGCAGCCGUUUAUCCAACCGCAGAAAAAUCAUUGAAAUUUAAUGGAAUCAUAUUUGGUGAACAAACAUUUCAUGAUUACUUAGAUGAAUUAUAUCAGAAAUUGAAAAUUCUUGGCAAUGUUUCCAGCGAUGUCGACGACAAUAUAGAUAAUGAUGAUAAUAAUAAACAACAAAUAAAUUUAACAGAUUCAACAACAACAUCGACAACAACCACUGAAAUGUUAAAACCGACUAAUACUACCGAUGAUGAAUGUUCAUUUAUUGGACUUUUAUUUGCUGAUCAACAUUCAUUUCAAAGUGUAUGUCAUCGAGCAUUUCUUAAAUCACGGAAAUUAACGUUUGUAACACAGUCAUCAUCUCAACCACAACAGCAACCAAAACCAAUACAAACGUUUAAUGUUUUUGGUAUAAAUAAUUGUAAUCAAAAACAAUCGUCGAUGUUAAUGAUGGAUGAUAGAAAAUCGUUGUUAUUUUUGAAAGAAAAAUAUCGAUUUUUACCAUUAUUGACUGCAAUGUUAUUGAUCAGAAAUUAUGAUCCAGGAAAGAUGAUUGAUUCAUUAGAUUGUAGAACAAAAACUACAACAACAACAACAACAACAAGAACGUCGACAUCAAAUGAAAUGUCACCUAUCAAUAGAAUUCAUUAUUUAUUGAUGACCAUAAUGAGAAAUGAAUAUCAAUUAUUCGAACGUAUUACUGGACAUUCGAAUAGUAUGGAAAAUGUAUGUUCAAUAUUUCUAAUGCCUAACAACAACAGCAACAUCAACCACACUCCCCUACCUAGUGCUUCAAAUUCAAUUGUUGGCGAUGAAAAUUGUCAUCAAAUUUCUAAUAAUAAUAAUAAUAAUAAUAAUAGCCUUGAUGUAUUUAAUCGUUUCACAUUGUCAAGAAUGGUGAAUAAUUUCGAAGAUGUUGCCCGAAUCGUUGGUCAUUUAGUUUCGAUUGUACGUUUAAAAUUUUCAAUUUUGAUCUAAUCAAACACACAGACACUAUUUCAUGCAUGUAUCUUCUUUUCUUUUUUUUUUG